AUGAUUUAUAGUGAAAAUGCAUUAACAAUUGAAAAUUUAGCUGUGCUUCGUGCAUGGGCUGAUGUUUAUAAUGUUGCAACAAUACGACAAAAUGAAGAGAAAACUAAUAAUCAAAAUAGUUAUUUAUUAAUUCAUGUACAGUCAGAAUUAUAUGUUCUUAUACAUCAUUGGCUUGCAGCAUUAACUGAUUAUGCUUUUUUAAUUUUACCAAAUGAAUUUGGUGGUGGAACAGAUGAAAAUUCACAUGAUGGAAAUUUUUAUUCAGCGGAAUCAAAUCUUGAUUUAACGAGAAUAAUUUAUAAAGCAAAUUGGGCAUCAAUUAUGCAAGCAACAACACAAUGGCUUGGUAAACAUCAUUAUGAACAUAAAACAUUAGCUGCUAAUCAAAAACUUAUUGGAUAUAGACAAAGAGAUAUAUCAAUGACAAAAUUUAUUACAUCAACAUUAUCAAAUAAAAUAAAAACAUUUCCAGAAAAGAAAAAAGAUAUAUUUGCUAUGUUAUUAGGUUGUUGUGUUGAAGCUUCAUCAAUUUCGAUUUCGAAACAAACAGAUGAAACUAUUGAAGCUAUUUUAUCUUCAUUAAUUAAUUUACUUCAAUCAGAAAUGGCUGCAAGUCAGAUAACUAUGGUUGCUUUUAUUGAAAUACUCAAUGUUCUUCAACGAUAA